GCCAGUGUCAGUGAAAAAUUGUUCCGGUGAGGUUGAAUUUGCCUGAGUGAAACGAAAAAGUGAUAGACGACAAUAAUGGACACAAAUAAUACGCCAAAAGAAAUUGGCUCCGGAAGAUCCGCACCAGGACCAUCUAAAAGAAAAUCAAAAGGAAACGAAAAAACGCUAAGUGAAAUUGCUGCCGAGCAAGUAGUUUUCAGUGAAACAAAGGCCCGCUGUGCAAUUGAAGUGGACAGUUAUUGCACCUACGAGCAGAAAACUUUCGAUGCUCAAAAUUAUAUCCGCCAUUGCCGCGUCAAACACCCGGAGGCUGCAUUUUUGAAAGGCAUGUUCAGGCACGUCGAAGAAGCUCCUAAAAAGCGACGAGCUAUUGCAAAGCGACCUAUUGCUAUAGACCGACAACUAUUCCUGGAAGCAAUUCUAAAACUGGUCUGCUUCCACAAUAUGCCGCUUUUCAGCCUAGAUUGGGACGGAUUUAAAUUGUUACUUAAUCCGAUUUCGGAAUCAUUGAAUUUCAAGGUCAAUAGAGUGAAUAUCAAGGACUAUCUGGCAACGGCAGCAGACAGAGUCCGACAAGCAAUAAGGAACGAGAUGAGAGGAAGGUUGGUUAGUUUAAAAAUAGAUUCGGCAUCCCGUCAUGACAGAAGCGUUCUUGGAAUUAAUGUCCAAUACAGCCAAUCGGAUGAGGUUGUGAUUCGGACUCUAGCUAUGCUUGAAGUCACUGAACGCCAAACAGCAGUCUUCCUCAAAAAUAAAAUUUUAGAUGUUCUAAAAGGGUACGAAGUUUCGUUGGACCAGGUCUUCUCCGUGACAGUAGACAACGGUGCAAAUAUGUGUGCUGCUGUGAAGGAGUUGAAAAUGGAAUUAGAGCGUGCCGUCUUGGCAGAAAUAUCGAUAGAGCAGGGCGAUAACAGUGAACAGGACAGUGUACAGCGUAAGCUGUCGGCUGGUCUUCUAGAGGAAUUCAACAACAAUAUAAAUCUUAUUCGUUGCUCUGUCCACACGCUUCAACUAGCCAUCCUGGAUGUUGUUAACAAGACCAACGAAACCGUGAAAGCAGUCACUGAAAUCGCAAAGCGCUGCAGGAACACGAAGUACAAAAAUAAUUUCAAAAACUCGUCCGCAUCGUAUCCACCGAUCUGGAACGCCACACGCUGGUGUGGCAUUUAUAAAAUGAUGCAGAGUUUUGUCGCUCAAGAAAACUUUUUCGAGCAACUGGCUGAAGAGUACCCCGAGUUAGACCUUUCAGAUUACUGGAUUUUUAUCCACGAUUAUCGAAAUGCAUUCCACCCACUUUACAUUUGCACCAAAACGAUGCAGGAGGCCCAUGUCACUUUGCCGGACUUCUACAAGCAGUGGCUCAUGGCGCUUAGCGAAGUCGAGAAACUGUAUGAUAACCAAUCCGCUGCACCUCUUCAUGAAUCCUUAAUGACAAGAUUAACGAAUCUCCGCAAUUCACGGGCAUUCAAAAUGGCCCUUUAUCUGGACCCUCGAUUCAAUUUUUAUGGUUCUAGGUUGUUCACGCUCAACGAAAAGGACGAAAUUCAGCGAUACAUUGCAAGCUUGCAGGAAAGGAUAUCCCGACUACGCCCUGUACCUUUGACGGAGAGCACUACUGUAGUCAAAACACCUUCAACUUCCGACUACGAUUUUGAUUUAGUCAUGACGGAAAUGUUUGGAGGAUCAUUGAAUGCAGACGAAAAUUCAAACAUGACCAGGUUUCAAAAACAACUCAAGGGGCUUGAUGCAGAGGAACGCCGAAGCCACAGUUACGAUGUUUGGAAACAUUGGAUAACGCGCAAACACACGCACCCAGAACUAUAUGCAGUAGCAAUAGUAGUGCUUGCUACACCGUCAAGCCAGUCUUCGGUUGAAAGAGCCUUUAGCGCCCUAGCCUUGAUUCUGACUGACUCACGAACAGGACUGGGCGAAGACACCCUGGCGAAUAUGUUGAUAAUUAAACUCAAUAGGGAUGUCUUCCAGAAAGUCUUCUCAAAUCUUUAUGACUGGAAAGUUCUACAAUUAGAAGAUCCACUUGAAUUUCCAGCUUCGUUGGAUAGUUCUUUCUCAACCGUAGAGUACCCUUUUGCAAAAUAGGACAGCCUAAAUACGUCAUCAACGACGUAAUCGAUUUAUUAACAAUAAGAUAUUUAUUAAGGUUACUUAUUCUUACAUGUAAAAAUAUUCGAUAACGAAAAUUUUCUGAAUUUGCUUCAAAAACCGCAGAAGACCAUUUUUAACACGCGAUGUAACAAAGUUGCAUUCAUUGUUUUUUUUUUUUCACAUGUACCAAUAUUCGAUUUUGAAUAUUUUUUUAAUUUGUCUGCAGUGCAGAGUACUACGUUUAAUAUUUAAACCAUUCGACAAUAAUAUUAACCGUAUUUCGAACAAAUAAAAACUGUUGCGUAAAUAUAAGAGAAGAGAACAUUCAAUAAAUAUAAUUUAACUCUGAUACUGUCAACUU